UGAUGACCUGGCUCAUUUCUGGAAGGGAAAACCCAGAGACACACAAACGUCGCUAUCCAGGGAAAUAUGGACACUAUGGGAAGUGGAAGGGGACGACGAAGUUCCAGAACACAUCGACAGAGAUGGGGACUCCUGCGACGUACGUUGACUUAUUUUUGUGCCCCUUAUUUUGCGUGCGACUCGGUCCAAGACGCUUGCUGCCGGGCCGGGGGAAGUGCCACGUACCGUGCAGACGGGGCGUCAUGGAAGGAUCGCCCCAGCCUGAGCGUGAUGCCCUCCGCUCGGCCGUGCACGACGAGCUGAUCGACCUCCUCGUGGAGGGCGGGUGCAUGCGCAACGCCAUGCGGAGCGAGGUGGAGGCCGCCCUGUGGCGCUGGAGCCAAGCGAGCAAGAGCUCCGUGCCGGAGCAUUCGAAGCGCGUGGCGACCAGCGACUGUGCGGGGCAGGCGCUGGCUUCCAGGGCUGGGCCUCGGGCGCCCUCGAAUCCAAAGGGGACGCCUCCAGAGGCGCCCUCGGCACCAGGCAGUGGCGUCGACAUCGGCGCACAGCCGCACAAGGAAUGGGGAAGUCUGGGGGUCGCCUCUGUGGGGUCUGGCCGCAACUCGGAUAACGAAUCGUCCGCGAGUAUGGAUGCCGCGGCGGUGGCCCACUUCUCCAAGUUCGUGAAGUCCGUCACCUCAACCAUCCCCGAAUGCUUCGGCCCCGAGGUCGGUGACAUGAUCUUCGGUCACCGCCUGAGGCAGAAGGCUGCUGAUUUUUGGGAUUGGCUGCAGAACAUUGAGCCGCCCGCCCCCGUUGGGCGCGUCGCUCACUUCACCACGGGCAAGGUCUUCGACGGGGCGAUCACCGUCACCAUCAUCAUCAAUUCUGUUUGGAUGAUGUAUGUUGCCGACGCGAAGAUCAAGGAUCCGUAUCGUGACGACUCCUGGGCGUUUGCUGGCGAUUGUGUUUUCCAGGCGAUCUACACGAUCGAGAUGGCGAUGAAGCUCUGGGUGUUUCGUCAUUGGUUCUUCUGUAGCCCGUCAUGGAGGAUCAAUGUAUUUGAAUUGGCAUUGGUGUGUUUAGGCUUCCUCUCAUUGGUCACAGCAAGAAGUUCGGUUAGCUUCUUGAGAGUGCUCCGUAUUCUUGAGAUCGGGAGGGCGAGUCGAGUCUUGAGGGCUAUGACCCACUUUAAGCAUUUGCGAGCUCUCAUGGUUUGCAUACAGGGCUCGAUAUCGAGCCUCAUGUGGAGUCUAUUUAUGGUUGUUCUGGUCUACAGCAUCUUCGCGCUCUUCCUGGUGCAGAUCAUUGCUGGACACCUUAUCGAGACAGGUAAGGUUGUGGAGGAGACCUUUUUCUUUGAUUCAUUCGGAUCGAUCGCACGGGCAAUGUUGACGCUCCAUAUGGCAUGCACUGGUGGCCUUGGCUGGGAAGUGGCGUACGAACAGAUCGAGACGACUGGCGUUAUGGGGAGUGUUAUAUACUUGAUCUUCAUAAUUUUCGUUAAUUUCGCUCUCAUGAACAUUAUCACGGGCAUUUUCGUGGAAUCGGCAAUGGCGGUUCUCAAGCCAGACCCGGAGGUGUUCGCCCGAGAGCUCUCGCAACAGGAGUGGGUGGAUGCCCAGAAGCUCGACCGCCUCUGCCGCGCCGUCGACACAGACGAGUCCGGAAAAUUGACACGAGAGCAGUUCGAGAACGGCCUGCAGAAGAACCACAUACCGCUGCUGCUCAAGAGCUUGGGGCUCCAAAGGCACCACCUCGUUGAAUUCUUCAAGUUAAUGGCCGAAGAUAGCGGUGGCGAUGGGCAGGUUGACAUUCACACGUUUGUCAACGGCUGUAUGGUGCUCAGAGGAGUUGCCACUAAUUUUGACCUUCAAAAAUUGCACGCGGAAUUAAAAUCAAAUCAUGCACAGCAUGACAAGCAUUUGGAUUCUAUAAUGAGGAUCUUGCGAGAGAAGUUCGACCUGUGAUGGGCAGUGGAAGGUGGUAGGGGAGCCUUGGCAGCGUACAUUCUGUGGAGCAGCUUUUGAAUACUUGUGCCGAGUCUGUGCCGAGAGCCUCUACCUUCUUUUUCGGGCGAAGAGAAUUAUGCACAUGCACCGGUCCUGGCAAGGCCCAUGCUCGACCCAGGAUCGGUGCACAUGCCUUCCUGGCCAAGGCAGGAUGGCGCAUGCACUGAUCCUGGGCUCAGGAGGGGCCUGGCCAGAAUCGGUGUGUGUGCAUGAGGGUGGA